CGCCUGCGCCGCUAGGGUCCCCGCUGGUUGGGGGCGCUCCCGUCCCUCUCCCCCUGCCCCACCCCCGCCGAUGGGCCGGCCCGGCUCUCCCUACCGAGAAAUGAGCCGGCCCGGCGGCGCGCGGGCAACGGCGGCCCAAGAUGGCGGAGCUGCAGCUGGACCCGGCGAUGGCGGGGCUGGGAGGGGGUGGCGGGACUGGGGUGGUGGACACGGGUGGCCCGGGCCGCGGACCCCCCAGCCCUCGUCCGGCCGGCCCAGUGCCCCGCGGGCACGUCCGCCAGCCCGCUGCCGUGGCGCAGCCGCUGGACCCGGGUCCUGGACCUCCGGAGCGGGCGGGGGGCGGCGGAGCAGCCCGCUGGGUCCGGCUGAACGUGGGCGGCACCUACUUCGUGACCACCAGACAGACCCUAGGCCGCGAGCCCAAGUCCUUCCUCUGUCGCCUCUGCUGCCAGGAGGACCCGGAGCUCGACUCGGACAAGGAUGAGACAGGAGCCUAUCUAAUUGACAGAGACCCCACCUACUUUGGUCCUAUCCUAAACUACCUCCGCCACGGAAAACUCAUCAUUACUAAGGAGUUGGCAGAAGAAGGUGUACUGGAGGAAGCAGAGUUCUACAACAUUGCAUCUCUUGUGCGGCUGGUUAAGGAGAGGAUACGAGACAACGAGAACAGAACUUCACAAGGCCCCGUGAAACACGUGUACAGGGUCCUGCAGUGCCAAGAGGAAGAACUGACUCAGAUGGUCUCCACCAUGUCUGACGGCUGGAAAUUUGAACAGCUAAUCAGCAUUGGCUCCUCCUAUAACUAUGGAAGUGAGGACCAGGCAGAAUUCCUCUGUGUUGUCUCCAGAGAACUAAAUAAUUCUACCAAUGGCAUUGUCAUCGAGCCAAGUGAGAAGGCAAAGAUUCUUCAGGAGAGAGGAUCUCGGAUGUAAACAGAGAGUCUGCAGUUCAAAAUCCUGAAGGUGGAGAGAGCAGUCCAGAGAGCAGCUCUGUGCAGGGAGCCUUGACCUGUACAGCACCCGAGCUACUGCAAAGCAAAGCCGUGCCUGGCCCUGGAGACAAAGUGUUCUGGUCAAAACCAAAGGAACCCCACCUACCCUUGGGACUCGGAGGACAGUGCACCUCUGGCUGCACAUCCCCUUUUCAGAAACCUGCUUUUGUUUUCUUAGCCAGUGUUAGGACAGACCUUCACUACUGCAGCCGAGCUGGGUCCCUGGCUGAAACCUUGUGGGGAGCUGGGAAAGAGGUACAAGAGCUAGCUCCUUGAGAACAGUCUAGAUGCCAAGGAAGCUAGAGCAGAGGAAGGAGGAUUGUCCCAGGCUGUGCCCUGUCUCAGCCUGCUUACUAGCCUGGCCAUGUUAGACCAUUCUUCCCUGUCCUGGGCACCCUUUGAGGAUGGCAGGGGAUGUAGAGGGUGCUGGCUUUAGUAUGUUGAAGUUUUGGGUCAAGAAUAGAGUUACCAGAGGACCCACAUUCCUAUGAUCUGAGCCGCAGAGGCGGGAGGAUGAGGUGUCCUGUGAUAUGACUUGAGGGUGGUGGUUACUGCCCCUGGUUCCAAGUGUUCCCCUGCUCCCAUGAGUGGCUUUGCCUGGCGUCUCUCCUGUAGCUGAGCCCCACAUGACUCACCUCCCAGGAGGUUUAAGGCUGUGGCACCCUGAGCCAUGUGGACAGACAGGAGUGCUAGGCAGUUGGCUUAACUGCUUCUGGAGCCCUUUCCUGGUUGACCCUGUCUUCCUCCCCAGCUUCAUGAACUGGACCAAAGAGAAAGGACUUUGUGAACCUUCUCUAGUAGCUUGGGGUGAGGAAGUUUGUUUCUGUAGAAGUUGCCAAAUGUAUCAUGUUGUCAUAGCUAAAAGUGCAGUGUUUUGUGAUUGUCUCUUGAACAUGCACUGACCAAUGGGUGAUGCUUGUGUCUCUCCUUGAUUUCUAACCAUGGCAGACUAGCCUUACAGCACAUUGCCUGUGUGUGUUCGUGGUGGCAGUCUAAGGACCCCCAGUGUCUCUGACCCCUCCCCCCAUGACUACUUCCUGUGGCAGGCCUCCAUAGCAGGAGAGGAUCCAAUGCUUGUGCAGUGAAGUACUGCAAAGCUUCCUUUGGCCUGUAAGCACAGAGCUGGUGUCUGUGUGUCCUCUCUGAACUUCGGAAUCUCUGAGUAAGCAUGGAAGGCAGAGGAACCAGAGUCGCCUUCAUUUUCCCUAGAUGACUUUAAACCGUGGCAUGUGGUAUGGAGCAGGGAAGGCUGCCUCGGGAAUGGCCAUCAGUAAAAGCCACCCCAGGCCCAGCACCCAUGGGUGCCUUCAGCACCAAGAUUCUCUACAUUCUACAGCACAGCUGCUCUCCAGGGUUCGUAGGUCGUGAUUUCCUGAAAGACUGCUCUGUGCCAGAUGUUUGGAUUAGUGGCUGACAUGCCCAGCUGGCUUUGCUGCUCACUGUGUAGAGUAGCGUAGGAAUGCACCUGUCCAGUCCACCAGUGGAGCUGUGUUCUGGCAACUCUGGAGUCUGGCUGGCAGUGCCACUGUUUUUACAGUGCUUAACAUAUUAUCUGACCUCUUCAGGAAAAGUAGAUACUGCUUCCCAAACGUUCCAGGCAUCCAUCCAUCCUGUCAUCUUUCAGGAAAAAGAAGAGAUUGGAGUGUAUUUGAGGAAAAUGAACUGGUAUGAAGAGCUGCUCUGUCCAGAGAGCGAGAACUUGGAAAAGGGUCCUUGGACCAAGUCAAGCAAGUGAUGUCAGGUUGGGAGAAGCACUUCUUCUCAUGGCCCCUGGCUCACUCACCUUGAAGGCCCCUUGUCCCUCUGCUUUCUUGGGGCACACCAGAUGGUCUGUACCCACCAGGACUCUGGACAGGCCCAGUGCCUCUGACCCCCAAGUUUUGCGGAGUGAGGAGGAUGGAGAGGAGACUUUGGAUAAGUACCUGAAAAAUGUUAUCUUCAUUGAACUUGUCAGAAUUCUGUAUCUGGUCCUGUACAAAGUAUACCGGGGGGCCUCAAGUCGUAUUAGUGACCUCAGGACUCACACUAAGGGCCCAUCUGCUGCCUAGAGGGCAAGUGUUGAAGGUUCCCUGGCUAGAGCCCAGUAUCAUUUCACCUGCUUCAAGUGUCUGAGGGGACUCAUUGCUUCAGGUGCAGGGGAGUCCCUUUGAAUUAUGCUGCUCUUGAGAACCUUGCUGGAGAAUCUGGCUGAUCGCUGCAGGUGGAGAGCUGACUAUGUUUGUGACCCACACUCCCAGGACUGCCACAUGGGAGUGUCUGCCUUUUUCUUUAUCCUAGGUUUGACUGAGGUGAUGCUGACCAGGCCUAGGAGCACCACUGUCCUCUGAGCCCUUCAGCAGCUUCUGUUUGCUCUUUACGUCUUUUCCUUGCUGUGAUGGGCCCAGCCUCCUCGAAUGUGACUUUGUCCCCACACAGUCUCUUCCCGGGUGUCAGGGAGGUGUGGGGAGGGAGCAAUAGAGAUGCUGAGGGAGUAGGGGCCGCAGGGGCACCCAUACUCUCCAGCAUGGCCUUUGAUCCACGCCUUUAGGACUAUGCCAGUCACUCUUGGGUGCCCUUUGUUACUGUUCAUGUGUCUGAACAAAAGUCUGGAAUGUGACUUUUUUUGUCAAUAAAGAUAAGAAAUGA